GCGCCGGAUUGGUGGAGCCCGGUCACGUGGCCACCGCUGCGCUCGAGGUUCUACUACAGCUGGGAGGGAGCCGCUCGAGAGAGAGGACAGAGUGCGAGAGGCGGCUGUGCCUGCGACGCUUCGCACAAAGUUUUUUGGAGUAUGGGAGACAAGAGGAGUCCGACGAGGCCGAAACGCCAAACGAAACCCUCCGCCGACGACGGCUACUGGGACUGCAGCGUGUGUACGUUCAAGAACAGCGCUGAAGCGUUCAAAUGCAUGAUGUGCGAUGUCAGGAAGGGCACGUCAACACGGAAACCUCGUCCUGUCACACAGCAGUUUGCUUCGCCCACACAGCCCAAGAAAGAGAAAAAGGAAAAGACAGAGAAGGACAAGAACGAGAGAGAACCAACACUGAAAAAGAAUAGCCACAAGAAAAUGAGGCCCAGGUUAAAAAAUGUGGACCGCAGCAGCGCACAACAUCUGGAAGUGACAGUGGGGGAUCUGACGGUUAUCAUAACAGACUUUAAGGAGAAAACUAAGCCCUCCUCCAGUUCGUCCUCCAGUGCAGCUGGAGACCACCACAGCCAGAGCGGAUCCAACUCAGACAACACAGAGAAGGGGAUCUCCAGAUCCUCGUCCCCGCGAGGGGAGGGUUCCUCACUCAAUGGGGAAUCUCACUAAGAACCUGUGGAUUACGAACGUUACUUCCAGUCUCCUGCACCUAAUAUAUCCAUUUUAAACGAACAGUUACAGGAGCGUGCUUAUGUAUGCCAAGACUUACCGAGACACAGACUUAACCCAGCAAUAUAAGCCAUCUCUCACUACUUACCACAGUUAUAAGAUCAGAAACAUAGGAUUUGACCACAAUACACUCACCCUGGUUUGUUACAGUGCCCAGUAGGUCAGCUUGAGAUAAACUGUAGAAUUUGUAAGCAAUUUUGAUGAUUGAAUUUUGACGAUUUAAUUCCUAUAGCAUGUGGUAGUAUUUUGAAUUGGAUAAGUAUUGUUUUUAUGUUUGGAUUUGGACAUUGACACCCAUUCUUGUUCUCGUCAUUAUCUUAAAUGGUUCAUUUCAUAAACCAUUAUUUUUUUUAAAAAACCACAAUGUAAUUUCUGCAACAGCACCCAUUACGUCUUGACAAUUAGCCCUGGGGCUUAAAAACAUUAAACUGGAACAUUGUUCUGAACGUAUUAAAUUACGUGUCUGUUGCAAAUUGUUACUUUAAUAUACUUUAAAUGCAUUACAUGAUGAAGUCAUCUAUGAAUAACUGUGACCCAAACAAGACUUCCUUUCUCAAUUGUUUGUUGCACCUGUUGGUACAUUUUGUAUGGUUUUAUGAGAUGCAGAAAUUAAUUGUUUAAAUUGUUCUUGUUCAUGCGGUUUUAUUUGAAACUUGUCAUAGAUUUCAUCACUUGUGCGGCUAGUUCUACCAGCGCUGUUUUGUGUUAGACUGUCUUGAUAUAAUUCUGUUAAUUCCACAAGAAACAUAACAUUUAUGACUAAAAAUGACAAAUGUAUUUGUAAGAUGUUGAAUUCAUCCCCUCCUUUAUGAUGAACAGUGGUAUAUAAAUAUAUUGCAGUAGAGGAAAUAUCUCUAAAUAAAAUUUAAGAUUUAGAA